AGAACCAACGUGUAAUGAGCUAAUACACUACACUACAUAUAGUAAUAAGACAUACAUGUUUUACCUUCAAAUAACAUGUAACUGUACUGUGAAUCUUGACAAAUCUUUUGAACAUUUGACAGCCAGGAGCUAAGAGUCAAAAUAUACAGUAUAAUGUGGGUGCAGUCAUUGAAAAUUGCAUUAAAUAUUGCAUGUUUACUUUAGACUUGCCUUCAGAGAAAAAAUCAGGGUUACAUAGAAAAAACAGCAGAAGAAAUAUACAACAUGGUUAGAAAAAGCACAAAAAUGUUAUGGAUUUUUACAAGUAUGUCCAUCAUUGCGAUAAUAUCUGGGACAGACCUGGUACAGCCACAAAUAGCUGUUCACCCUACUAACACUUCCAGUCGAGUUGGGGGCCGAGCAAUGUUUAUUUGUAAUGCAACUGGAGUUCCUGCUCCUACUAUUGAAUGGCAGCACAAUGGUGUAAAGAUACCCAACAUUGCCGGAAACAACAUACAUUUCCAUAAAAACAUGUUGAUUAUUUCAUAUGUUAAAGCUGAUCAUGUAGGAUCAUAUAGAUGUAAGGCCCGCAGCUUCAUCGGCCUGGACUGGUCUGAUUCGGCCUAUUUACUGAUAUCACGGAUGGCAGCUCCACCGGGAAAAUACUGUUCACCCUACAGAGGAACAAUAUGCAGUAAACAUCUUGGGGAAUCAUUAAUAUAUUAUAAUCACACAGGGUCUACUGAUUUAAACAAUGAGCAGAUCGUGAAAAACCUAUGGCCCGAACUUAUCAAAUCAUUAGAUUCAACAUGCAGCGUUCAUGCUGAAAAACUCCUUUGUCACUAUGCAUUUCCAGACUGUAUGCAAACAUCUAAGGGAUCAGUAGCCCUGCCCCUAUGUAGAGAAGACUGUGAAGCCACUCAGCAAUUGUUCUGCAUGAGUGAAUGGAUUACGAUUCAAAACAACAAACAACAGGGCAUUGUUUUCAGACAUCGAGGUCAUUUCCGUCUGCCAGUAUGUUCUGAGCUGCCUAGUCGUCUAAAGUCGCCAUGUUCUGAUGCAUUUUUAUAUGAGCACAAGCCCCAUCUGGUGUCCAGUCAUUGUUACCAUGGUAAUGGGCAGUACUAUAAUGGCACUGUCAACACAACUAGAUCAGGGUACCAAUGCCAAGACUGGUUAUCACAGCACCCCCAUCGCCACAUGCGUCACCCACACAUAUUCCCAGAGGUUAGAGAUGCAUCAAACUAUUGCCGGAAUCCCGGGGGCGAGGAAAAUUCUCCAUGGUGUUACACAAUCAAUCAAACAAAACGCUGGGAAAAAUGUGACAUUCCUCAGUGUCCCCCUCUAGUGAGUAGUCAUCCCCCAAUGGUUGCAGCGUCAUCUAUAUUUGAAAGUUACUCAAUUGAAUUCUGGCUACUGAUGGCAACAACAGUACUCUUCGCUGCAAUACUUAUUGGAGUCAUCUGGAUCCUGGUACGUGUGUUCAUUCACCCUCUUUGUAAAAAUGCCCCGACCUCUGGUGAACUGAGUCUUGACCUUGAUGACCUAUCACUGAAUGCUGCCUACUACAGCUUCAAUCCUUCAUAUUACAACAUAGCAAACCACACUUUCAAUGAACUGGAAUAUCCCCGUAACAAGCUCUUGUAUAUAAAGGAUAUUGGUAAAGGUGCCUUUGGUCGGGUUUUUCAAGCUCGCGCUCCAGGUUUAGAAACGAAGGACAGUUGUUCAAUGGUUGCUGUCAAGAUGCUUAAAGAUGGAGCAACAUAUGAAAUGCAACUUGAUUUUGAAAGGGAGGCUAUGUUACUUCUGGAAUUCAACCACCCAAAUAUAAUCUCUCUUCUAGGCAUGUGUACUAAUGAUACUCCGAUGUGUCUUCUCUUUGAGUACAUGCCACAUGGAGAUCUUAACUCAUAUCUCAGGAAAAGAGGGCCAGGCUAUAUUCAUGGGAGGCGUCAUGGCGAUAACAUUGUCAAUGACCAGGCCAAACUAAGCAAUCAACAACAGGUGGCGAUUGCACAGCAGAUUUGUGCAGGAAUGGUGUACUUGUCCCAUGAAGGUUUUGUACACCGUGACCUCGCAACGAGAAAUUGCCUCGUAGGUCAUAAAAUGAAAGUGAAGAUAUCAGACUUUGGUUUGGCUCAACCACUGACUGAAAAAGGACAAUUUAUUGGGAAUGAAUCUGAUCCUGUUCCCAUCAGAUGGAUGGCCCCAGAAGCUAUCAUACAUAAUGUCUUCAGCAUCCAAUCAGACAUCUGGAGCUUUGGAAUUGCAUUAUGGGAGAUAUUCUCCUUUGCUCUACAGCCAUACUUUGGUAUGACCCAUGAGGAGGUUAUCAAGUCCAUACAGCAUGGUGGCAACAUGAGUAGACCAGAUAACUGCCCCUACUCUGUGUAUGAGAUCAUGCAGUCCUGCUGGCAACUUGACCCUGCACAAAGACCAAUGUUUACCUUCAUCAAAUAUUCUCUUGAUGUUGUACAGAACAAGAUCACUCAGAAUGGAAUGGUACAGUCCAAGACAAUAUAAACUUGAUCUGGGUAGUGUGCACAUGUUAAAAUGAUGGCUCUGUUGAAGACAAUAGUUCCAGACACAUCCCUAGAGACUGACAGUUGCAUAUUGUAUGAUAGAUACAAGAAUGAAUCAACUGCAAUUUUCAGUUGAAUAUUUACUAUUUUUAUGAAUUAAUUUAUUCUAUUGAUUUUUAUUUCUCUAUUUAUUUUUAUAGUAAAAACACACUAUGAAAAAUUUAUAAUAAUAUGAUGUUUUCAUAUAUGUUAUAAAUACAUGUAAACUAUUUAUUUGUUCAUCACAUGUACAUACGUUUAGUAAAUAACAAUUUUGUGCAUAGCAAAGCAUGAAAAAGGCUUGUUUGCGAAAA